UCGAGCUGCGGGAUCUGAGAGACGACAGGCGGCCGGACCGGGCUCUGAGCCCGGGCAACAACUGCUCGGUCUACCGCUCCUCGGGCUUGGAGAGGACCAACGCCAUGAGGAUCAAUCCCAGGAGCCGGGCAUCGAGCGGCCAGGGCAAGGCUGCCAGACACGAGAGGAAGGACCGAUUGUUGCUGCUGUUAGACCAGGAGCCGAGACUGACCGAGAGACCGGGGGAAGGACAUGACUUCAGCCCCUGCACCCAGACUCAGCCGAGCUGGUGCGACCUGUGCGGGGACUUCAUCUGGGGAUUGUACAAGCAGAGUCUACAGUGCGCAAACUGUAGAUUCCGGUGUCACUACCGCUGCCGUCCCCUGAUUCAGUUGGACUGUAACCGGCCAAAGACCAAGACAUUGGGCCUUGUGGACAUCACGGAUAACACAUUUGAACAAGACACAAAUGUGAUGACGUGGACCAGUACUAGCAGCAGUGGUUACUGCAGUCAGGAGGAAGACUCAGAGUUUGAACAGUUCUUCACUGCCAGGACCUCCUUCAUCAAGAAACCCAGGAAGUACAAGGAUGAGCACAUUGAUUGGAAGAAGCAAGUUCUUUCACGAGAUGAAAUCGAAUCCAAGAUUCGAGAAUACAACGCACAGAUCAACAGUGAUCUCUUAAUGACACUGAACAAUGACGGAACAUACACCGGGUUUAUUAAGGUUCAGCUGAAAUUGGUGAGGCCUAUCUCCGUCUCUGCUAACAUGAAGCCUCAAUCGAUUUAUGACACCAAGAAAGCAACUGGACUGACACGCCCGCAACCGAUAAAACGCCGCACGUCCUUCUACCUCCCGAAGGACACUGUGAAGCAUUUGCACAUCAGCAGCCACACGAAGGCCAGCGAGGUGAUCAAAGCGCUGCUCAACAAGUUCAUGGUGGUGGACAAUCCCCGCAAGUUUGCCCUGUUUGAACGGAUCGAGAAAGACAAUCAAGUUUACACUCGGAAGCUUUCCGAUGAUGAGCACCCCUUAUAUCUGCGACUGCUGGCUGGGCCGGAUGAGAAGAUGUUGAGCCUUGUGCUCAAAGAGAAUGAGACAGGAGAAGUGAAUUGGGAUGCAUUCACUGUACCUGAGCUGCAGAACUUCCUGCGAAUCCUUCAGCGUGAGGAAGAGGAACACGUCAGACAGAUGUUUGGGAAGUAUGCCCGCUGCAGGCAGAAGAUGCAAGAGGAGCUCGCCAACCGCUCCCCAGGCUGACUGGGAUCCCUCACCACCCCGUGACGUGAGAGAGAGAGAAAGGGGGGGAAAUAAAAUACACGCGCACGCGCACAUGUAUGAACGGUGAGAAGGUCUAAAAACCAAUAUUACCUGGCCCGGCCAGGGACAAAGUAUGAACUGUGGAGAAUACGAGUUACGAGUGGGGUUACUGCGAGUGGAGCAGGAUAUUGGGGUAUGUGCAGCCUCUUCCUGACAAUGAGUGUGACUGAGAGACCUUUACUGAAUUUGAACGGAACGAUUAGGGGCCACAGCUGGGAAGUGCCAACCUGCAGAGGGAUGUCCCUUUAUCGCUUUGAUCCAAGUUUAGCUGGGAGGCACCAACAUGGAUGAGAGUACAGAGAGCUUAGUGUUUUGUUUUGUUCUUUUCUUGAAGUAUCUGGAUGGUUCACUCACUGCAUUUACACAAUGUGGGUUGGUGGUUGUAGCAACUUUUUAGAUGUCUACAUUGUAUUCUCACGAAUCAUUCGGGAGUUUAUAAUACACAGAUAUGAGUGUGGGUAGGUGGAGAGGUUAGCAUAUCUUAGAAUUCAGUUUUAAAUACAUUUCAUUUUGGAAUUUGUAGGAUUUCCCCCGGCAGAGUAUUCCCAUCUAAGCCUGAUGCUGGGGCAAGGGACAGAGUUACUGAGCAAAGGUCCAGGUGCUUACUGCAUGGUAAAAGAUGCUGAUGUCCUCCCCCCCCAACCCUUUACCUACUCACUCUCCCCAUCUGCACACAAUUCUGACUGAAAGCAGCAGAAGAAUCCUGAGGUGGUGGCAUAGUGGCGAUGUUAUGGGAUUAGUAAUCAGGAAGCCAAGGCUAAUGUUCUGGAAACAUGUUUAAUCGCACCAUGGAAACUGGGGCAGAUUUAAAUUCAAUGUUUUAAUAAGUCUGGAAUAAAAAGCUACUCUUAGUAAUAACGAUCAUAAAACUAAAGCCCUUCACGGAAGGAAAUCUGUUGUCCUUAGCUGCUCUGGUCUACCCAUGACUCCAGACCCAAACAAUAUGGUUGACUCUUAACUGCCCUCUGAAAUGGCUGAGUAAGCCACUCAGUUUCAAGGGCAAUUAAGGAUAGGCAGUAAAUAGUCACCUUGCCAGUGAUGCUCACAACCCAAGAACAAAUAUAAAAAUAAAAAAUCCCGGGAUCACCACUCAUUCUUGUCAGUCAGAAUGGAUUCUGAGGAGGUAUCAAGAGAAGGAGAGAUUUUUUAAAUGGAGAGAAUACAGGUUUUAAAAACUUAAACUGUUUUUGUUGUGUGUGCAGGGUGGGCCUGGUUUAGUGUGGGUGCACUAUAACUAGAUUGACUGCUGCUGAGCAGAUAUAAGUUGUGCUGUUUGUGUCUAACUGCUCAGAGAGGUUUUAGGCAUGAAUUUUAAGGCUUGGACCAUUUGAGGAAAUGUCUCAUGGAAUGGAAAAAUUUUCCCAAUAACUGUUGGUUAAGACACUGAAAGUUCAGCCUUAUAAAUUGUAGGUUUUAACCUAGCUCUGUCACAUUGACUGAGGACGCUGAGGUUGGCUUCAGCAUUCGAGUUGGGGAGUUGAAUGUUGAGAAGAGGCCCUGCUCCUGACUGCAGAUUAGUAGUUUCUGCCAGAAAGUGAACCUGUGUGUACAUCAGUUAAGAAAAGGGUCAGACUCAGCCAUGAUGCCCUCCAGAGUCGAAUAGGCUGCUGGCCUUGGCUAUCGGGGCUCAAGAGGGAAACAGAUACAGUACAAAGAGGUGCCUGGCCCCUGUGGCACUGUAUCCCAGAAGAAGAGGCAUAAUGCCAUGAGCAGUGGCAAUGCGGAGCUUCUUGUCUUUACCCAAUCACUCCUCUCUCUCCUCCCCCAUUCCUGUGUGAAUGCAAUGAAAUCAUGGAAAGUGACAAUAUGACGAAUGUGGACUGGCAGUGGAAAUAUGAAGAGAAAUUAACCUGAGCUUACCCUACUAGAGCUAAGCUUGUAUCCUGACUAAAGGAGUUUAUAAUUUAUGUUUUCAUUUUAAGUUUAUUCAAUAAAAUAUGAGGUGGA